CUGUAUUCAAUAGUACAACGAAAUAAAGGUUCCAAAAGGUGCUGCCUUGCCCCGGGCCUUGCCAUGCCUAUAAGAGGAUUUUCUAUACGAACGCCCGACUGACCAUUGAAACUACAGGUAUAUACAGUUAGUCAUCUGCAAUACUGCUCAGAUUGACGUUGCAUGUGUUAUCAGUGUAGUAAAGGCUUGCCAUUUGACACCUUCAGAAGCGGCCAACAAAGUAUCAUCAAGGGAAGACAUGGUUUAAGUCCAUAGACGAAAGAAAGUCAUAUGCACUGUACGAAGGGAAACGUGAUCACUCAGCCGACAUGAAGAUGUAGACAUCAAUGAUGUGGGUGGACUCUAUUCUCGGAAUCACUUUACACGUUCCGUUUCGUUGGAAUAUUAAUUCUUGACCAAUCGACGUGAGAUUCACAGACCGGGAAGGAAAUGGCAUCGGAAACCUGCAGACAGCUUUUCGCCAACAUGAUGCGAAGGAAGGCAAACCCAAUGCAUGCGCAGAAUCAGAUGUUGGAAUCUCAACUUCACCAAAAACUGGGCACAUUUGAGCUAACACUCCUUGGGAUAGGGAGUAUGGUUGGCGCAGGACUGUAUGUUCUCACUGGUGUUGUAGCGAAGGAGACAGCAGGUCCUGCCAUCGUUGUAUCGUAUCUUAUAUCAGCGGUCGUAGCUAUCCUGAUAGCUAUGUGCUAUGCCGAACUGGCAGCGAAGAUUCCUCGGACCGGUUCGGCAUACACCUUUAUCUAUAUAGCUCUUGGUGAAGUUUGGGCUUUCUUCAUCGGAUGGAAUCUGCUCCUAGAGUACGUGGUUGCGUCAGCAUCUGUUGGCCGCGGAAUUAGCGGAUACAUUGACCAUCUUUGCAAUGGGACGAUUUCCAACUUCACCAUCGAGUAUCUUAUGGGUGGAGAACCCUGGCAAGCUACCUACUUUGCUCAGUACCCCGACCUUCUUGCGAUAGCAAUUGAACUAUUUAUCUCUAUUUUUGUUAUACUUGGGGUAUCUAUAUCAUCUUGGAUGAAUACAAUAUUUCUUUCCAUUAAUGUAGUGGUUGUUCUUAUUAUUUGUGGCUUUGGAAUAGCUUUCGGCAAACUCGAGAACUGGACUACCAACGGUGGCUUUGCCCCGUUUGGGAUAGAAGGUGUCGUAACGGGCGCUGCUACUCUAUUUUAUUCGUUUGUAGGGUUCGAUACUAUAGCUAACUGUAAUGAAGAGGCGAUAAACCCUAAACGAGGUAUUCCCAUCUCCACGAUUGUUUCUGUGUCGGCUGCCGCCAUAAUGUACAUUGCAACUUCUGCGUCUUUAACCCUGCUGGUUCCAUAUAGCGACAUCGACGUGACCUCGUCGUUCCCGAAUGCUAUGGCUGACCAUGGUAUCACUUGGGCCACGUAUGCAAUAUCCGUUGGCGCAAUUAGCGCUAUGUCAUCGACACUCCUGGGCGCCAUAAUAUCCAUGUGCCGUUGUGUAUAUGCCAUCGCAAAUGACGGACUCUUGUUUCCUUUUCUGGCCAGAAUAAACGAGCGAACCAAAACACCCAUCAAUGCAACCCUCGUCUCCCUAAUCCUCACACUUCUCAUGACAAUUUGUUUCUCAAUGGAUCAACUUGUCCGUUUUCUCUCUGUUGGAACGUUAAACGCAUUUGCCUUUGCCUCUGGUUCUCUAAUAAUAUUACGCUACCAGCCCACGGAGUCAGAUCUACACACCACUGAGCUUACAGAUUACGCCUCCACAUCAGAUGAAUCUCGGAACGGCUCGCAGGAUUCUUCAGAUAACAUUCCUGACGUUGAUGAAGACUUACACCAACAAAAUGAUGAUAAACAAAGUCUCACAAACGGUCCAACUGAUCAGACAAGCCAUCUAUACCGCAACGUACCUAUGAUACCGGGUACCCUGAAGGAACGAUACCGGAACAUCCCCAUCAUCAAGCACCUCUCCAGGUUCCCUCCGGGGCGAUGCGUCGUUUUUAGCCUACUCAUCUCAGUGAUCUGUGUAAUAUGUGCACUUGCCGUUGCAGAGUAUGGCUUCAAGAGCCUCCUUGAUGGAGAUUGGUGGGCGAUACUACUGCUAGUGUUCUUCACAGCAGGAGCUGUUCUGUCUUUUCUCCUGAUCGCUAUGCAUCACCAGGAAACACCAUCAGAAGAAUAUUUUAGUGUAAAGUUUGUUCCAUUAGUUCCAUAUAUGAGCAUCUUGGCGGAUAUUUUUCUUCUCUUGCGUCUAGAUGUCGAGGCAUGGGUGCGCUACGUAAUCUGGUUGGCAGUAGGUGCUAUUAUAUAUUUUGCCUAUGGAUACAGACACAGUCAUUUAGCUGAUCAACGAAGACAGGGUGAAGUCCUUCGGUCACAGUUUGAUUACGGGACAAUGAUAUCUCACCAGGAUUAAAAGGGCCUUUUUAAUACCGUCUUCGAAAUCAGCAAUACCGAGCUUUCGCAACUGGAACGGGAACGAAAAUGUAUUGUUAAUGCCCGUCAAAUCAAAAUGACAGCCGAUAGGGCCUUGUCGAAAAUUAGUAAACUCAUGAGACAGGUGAUCGUCGUAAAUUCUUAGCUGACGAAAAAUUACAAACAUGUCUUUUGUCCAGAAUCAUGAUCGACAGUAGUUUUGAUUCACCGACUUUCGACAAAGACUCCUUUUGACAUAAAGGACUUUUUAACAAAAGAUGAUCUACGUCCCAGAAUGCAUCUGUUUAGUGUUGCGAAAUCUCUCUUAUCUGCUUAUGGGGAAAGGAACAGAACUUGGUCACAGUGAUUUUUUUCGGAUUUGGACAGUGUUAAGGAGGACUUCAAUAUGACAAUGAUGUUUUUAUAUUGAUUACGUGAGUCGUUGAUACCAACUGACGUAGCAGCUUCAGUUGCUGUAGUAUUUAGAUAAGUUUCAUAUUGUCGAUGUGUAAGAAUGGAGGUUAAAAUGUAUCAAUUAGUAUUUAUUGCUCCAUAAUGUACCUUACCAAAAGUUCAUGCCUGGAAACAUGAAAAGUGAGCAUUCGCAGCCGCAACGGAGAUGGAUUCUCCAACAUAGAAAAUCUAUUGAAAACGCCCUUAUAUCACAACGAACAGCUAAGAGGUGUUUUUUAGCCGAAAAUUGGUGAACUGGGAGAUGAUCGUCGUAAGAUUCUGAGCUGAUGAAAAAAUCACAAACAUCUCGUUUGUCCAGGUUCCACGAUGCUGCAUUAAUUCACCAAUUUCCGACAAAGACUUCCUUGUCAUGAAGGGCUUUUGUCAAUAGAUUUUCUAUGUUGUAAAAUCCGUCGCCGUCGCGAUUUAGAAAACUCCCGGAUGUCACAAAAAGACAGUGUGAGUACUUUUCACAACAACCAUCCCAAAACUGUGAUGAUUGUUAAGAGAUUAUUAAAGAAUGAAAAGCCGCUUGUGGAAUUUCAUCAUGAAAAACACUGGUCGUUUCAGUAAGGUACUUUCAUAAAAUCAGAAAACAAAAUAAAAAUAUUAAUAAAGACUUGACAAAAAUCAAAGAAACACAGAUUUGUAGAUUUUCAAAGCUUGAGUUCUGUGAUGCCAUGAACAAUCAGCUUCUCCGUCAUUCGUCAUGUGAUAUUAAUCCAAUAAAAUGCAUAUAUGCUUCCAUAAGAAGUGUGUUCAUAAACCACCACAAUGUUUAGGUUGUUUGUCUGCUUUUCUCACUCAAGAGUGACAAAAUUAUUCUAGAGAAGAACACUGAUUAUCGAGCAGUUCUUAAAUUACAUAAUUCAUUCGGUAAGAGCCCUUUUCUCGGGAGGGGACUUUUUUAUUUAAGAGGGAGGGGAAUGUUGUCAAUCGCAGUGCGUAUUUGUAAAUGUGUACGGAUGUAAAUGGUAAAAUUGUAAACGGAGAUUAGAAUAAUGGUUUCUAUAGAAGCAUGAAUAAGACAAAAAUAAUCAAUGAACGUUGGCAUAAAAUCGUCUAAUUUUCCCCCCCAAAAAGUUCAUAUUUUCCCCCAAAGGUUUUUUUUUUCACUGCGUCAAAUGUAUUAGGUGCUCUUAAUACUUUGAACAUGUUGAAACAAAAUUUAAAAAUUCGACUCUCAGACCCUUAUUUGGGAUUAUUUCU